AUGAAGCCGAUCAUUCUGGCAAGUCAGUCGCCGAAUCGUCUCAAGCUUCUCGAGCAGAUUGGUCUCAAAAAGGACGUUCUUGUGCGCGUUUCGAAGUUCGAAGAGAAUUUGCCGAAGAGUCUGCCGGCGGAGCGAUUCGUCGUCGAGACGGCGCGCGGCAAACUCACCGAAAUAAUCGAGGCCGUCAAAAAUGAGAAGAUUGAUUAUUCAGUGAUAAUCGCGUGCGACACCGUUAUCGAAUUCAACGGCGAAAUAAUUGGAAAACCGAAAGACGCUGCCGACGCGGUCAACACGCUAAAAAGACUUCGCAAUAACACACAUAAUGUGUUCACCGGAAUGUUGUUGCAUUAUGGCGAAACCGAUGAGAUCGAGGAGAUCUGCGAGAAAACGAUAGUGCACUUUGGCGAUAUUCCGGAUCGCGUGAUUCAGAACUACGUGAACGGUGGAAGCCCGUUAAAAAAGGCGGGGUCUUAUGGAAUCGGUGAAUUCGGCGCGGUGUUUGUGAAAGGAAUCGAGGGAUGCAUGCCGAAUGUCGUCGGAUUGCCGCUUCAUCGCCUUCACCAAGCGCUAAUCGCCAAGAAUAUUCUUUGA